CUCCUAUCCCCCAGUUUUUGCCAGGUCUUUCCGGCCGGGACCCCAGCUCACAUCAGCCUUCCCACCCUAUUCUCCAGCUCUCGAUGCUGGCUGAAGAGCGCUGACCUCCAACCCCGCCUGCCUGUGGCCUGUAGUCGCCAUCCCUGCUGGCUUCCCUACCAGCAACAGGGGGAACCGAGUAGGCAGGGCGCCAGCAACCGGGGAGGGAGGGUGCGGCGCUCCCGCGGCUGCAGGGGUGGGGCGUCCCCCUCCCCACUUAGCCGCACAGUCAGGCCAGUGGGAGGAGCUGCCCGUGCCCCCGCCGAGCCUGCAGGAUUAUAAAGCCUCCCGCCGCGGUCUGCGGCUCGGGGACCAGCUCUGCCAGCGGCGACUGCCCGUCCUCGGUCACCAUGAGCCACCCGUCGGGCCUCCGGGCCAGCAGCAUCAGCUCCACCUCCUACCGCCGCACCUUCGGCCCGCCGCCUUCGCUGUCCCCCGGGGCCUUCUCCUACUCGUCCAGCUCCCGGUUCUCGGGCAGCCGCCUGCUGGGCUCGGCGUCCUCCAGCUCGUCCGUGCGUCUGGGCAGCUUCCGCGGGCCCCGGGUCGGCGCGGGCGCCUUCCUGCGCCUGCCCUCCGAGCGCCUCGACUUCUCCUUGACCGAGGCCCUCAACCAGGAGUUUCUGGCCACGCGCAGCAACGAGAAGCAGGAGCUGCAGGAGCUCAACGACCGCUUCGCCAACUUCAUCGAGAAGGUGCGCUUCCUGGAGCAGCAGAACGCGGCCCUGCGCGGGGAGCUGAGCCAGGCCCGGGGCCAGGAGCCGGCGCGCGCCGACCAGCUGUGCCAGCAGGAGCUGCGCGAGCUGCGCCGGGAGCUGGAGCUGCUGGGCCGCGAGCGCGACCGGGUGCAAGUGGAGCGCGACGGGCUGGCGGAGGACCUGGCGGCGCUCAAGCAGAGGCUGGAGGACGAAACACACAAGCGGGAGGACGCUGAGCACAACCUCGUGCUCUUCCGCAAGGACGUGGACGAUGCAACCCUGGCCCGCCUGGAGCUAGAGCGCAAGAUUGAAUCUCUGAUGGAUGAGAUUGAGUUCCUCAAGAAGCUGCAUGAGGAGGAGCUGCGAGACAUGCAGGUGAACAUGGAGAACCAGCAGGUGCAGCAGGUCGAAGUGGAGGCGACCGUGAAGCCCGAGCUAACAGCAGCGCUAAGGGACAUCCGCGCGCAGUACGAGAGCAUCGCGGCCAAGAACAUGCAGGAGGCAGAGGAGUGGUACAAGUCCAAGUACGCGGACCUGUCGGACGCCGCCAAUCGAAACCAUGAGGCCCUGCGCCAGGCCAAGCAGGAGAUGAAUGAGUCGCGACGCCAGAUCCAGAGCCUGACGUGCGAGGUGGACGGACUGCGAGGGACGAACGAGGCGCUGCUCAGACAGCUGCGGGAGCUGGAGGAGCAGUUUGCGCUGGAGGCCGGCGGGUACCAGGCGGGCAAUGCGCGCCUCGAGGAGGAGCUGAGGCAGCUAAAGGAGGAGAUGGCGCGGCACCUGCGCGAGUACCAGGAGCUCCUCAACGUCAAGAUGGCCUUAGACAUCGAGAUCGCCACCUACCGGAAGCUGCUGGAGGGCGAGGAGAGCCGGAUCUCCGUGCCCGUCCAUUCCUUUGCAUCCUUAAAUAUCAGGACGACUGUGCCCGAGGUGGAGCCUCCGCAGGACAGCCACAGCCGGAAGAUGGUUCUGAUUAAGACCAUUGAGACCCGGAAUGGGGAGCAGGUGGUGACAGAGUCCCAUAAGGAGCAGCGCAGUGAGCUGGACAAGUCCUCUACUCACAGCUAUUGAGCCCCUUGGUCCAGAAGUCCCUGCCCUGCCCUAGGCCUACUCAAAGCCCAUACCCGAACACCAGUCCUGAAUUAGUCUCCUGUCCAUCUGCAUGCAUCUAGGGGAUGGUACCAGUCGCCCCUUCCCUGGCCUCUAGCCAAACCCUACCCAGCCAGCUGUAGCUGAGCCUCUCCCUGCCCUGAAUAUAGAUAUGACCCACGUAUUCCCCUUUUCUGAUCUCGGUAAGAGGCCGAUGAUUCCCCAGUCUACUUCUGCCAUGAUCCCGUGAUCAGUGGGGUGGGCCAGGGUCUGAGUUUAACUACGAAUCAAAUAAAACUGCUGUCAAAGAAA